CAUCCAUCCAUCCAUCCAUCCAUCUUCCUACACCCCAUCCAUCCAUCCAUCCAUCCAUCCAUCCAUCCAUCCAUCUUCCUACACCCCAUCCAUCCAUCCAUCCACCUUCCUACACCCCAUCCAUCCAUCCAUCCAUCCAUCCAUCUUCCUACACCCCAUCCAUCCAUCCAUCCAUCCAUCCAUCCAUCCAUCCAUCCAUGCAUCCAUCCAUCCAUCCAUCUUCCUACACCCCAUCCAUCCAUCCAUCCAUCCAUCCAUCCAUCC